CAGAGAGUGGCAGGGAAAGGGGAGAGGCACCAAACACAAAUAUCCCAAGGCACAAGGCAACCCCUCCCUUGGUGCUGCCAGCAGCUCCCUCAGGUGCCUUCUCAGGGAUGACCUUGUGGGCACGCCCGGCCUCCCAGGAUAUAUAACCUGCCCCGGGAGGAAACAACCCAGAGAGGCAGCCCCAAGACAGGGCAUUCCAAGAUGAAGGCUUUCCUUGUGCUCCUGCUGGGAACGCUCCUGUGCGUGGACUCAGGUUCAUCUUUGCAAUGCUACAACUGCACCUCCCAGCUCAGCAACUCCAAGUGCCAGAAGAUAGAGACGUGUAGAGCGAACGACGUGUGCAAGACAGACGUGAUCCGGGUUGUGGGGCUCUUCAGCAUCAUCACCAAGGGAUGUGACUCCUCCUGUGAUCCAUCCUACCAGGACUUCAGCGUGGGCAACAGGAACAUCUCCUGCUGCAGCAGCGACCUCUGCAACACCAAUGCUGCGGGCAGUGUGAGGUCCAGCUACGGGCUGGCCGGAGGGAUAGCGGCCGGAGUGCUCUGGACCGUCCUCAACAACAAAUUCUGAGGAGCAAAGAUGCCUCCCAUGACCACAGAAAUCUCAGAGCACCCCUCUAAUAACAGGAAUUGUAACCAGGAGCAGUGGGGCGCGUUGGGCACCCAGCACCCUGCGAGCUGAUGGCAGCUCUUUGCCAUAUGAUGGCUUCUGCUUUAAUCUCAUUGCAAAGCUCCAGUGCUACCAGAUAAGGAAAUGUGUGCUCAUGUUAUCUGCAAAACACCUAAAAUAAAGUUAUUUCUCCACCA